CCGGGGCUCGCGCGAGGAAUGCAAGGUGGUGUCAGUGUCCAGAGAUUAGGGCAGUGGAAUUUUGCAUUUGUUACAGCAGCAGCUGUAGCGAGUGGUUUCGGCCCAAGGGCAGAGUCCCCGAGCAGGGCGCGGCGCAGCUCGCUGGCGAUCGCCGGGGCGGGCACCUGAGCUCGGCCCUGCGCGCUGGGGGCGGGAUUUUAGAAAGAAGCCUGGGACCUGGCGAGUGGAUGCCGGGGCUUUUCCCUCGCCGCCUCUGCCCGGGCGGAUCUGCCUCCCCAGGCGCGCUCCCGCUCCUAGGCUUUAUUCCUCUUUCCUUCCGUGCCGCUCGCCAGAGGACCCGGUUGCCAUGGUGAAGGAGAAAGCGCCUGCAGGGAAUAACUUUGAGGUGAACAUGCUGAACUCAAAUUGAUCUUUGUUGCCGGAAAUGCAGUUCGUUUGAUUACACUAAUGGUGGCCCACCCUCAGGAGCCUCACCACCCAGCCGAGAAGCCCGUCAUUCACUGCCAUAAAUGUGGAGAGCCAUGCAAGGGCGAAGUGCUUCGGGUCCAGACCAAACACUUCCACAUCAAAUGUUUCACUUGCAAAGUGUGUGGCUGUGACCUGGCGCAAGGUGGCUUCUUCAUAAAGAACGGGGAGUAUCUUUGCACCCUGGACUACCAGCGGAUGUAUGGGACACGCUGCCACGGAUGUGGGGAGUUCGUGGAAGGAGAGGUGGUGACUGCCCUGGGCAAGACCUACCACCCCAACUGCUUUGCUUGUACUAUCUGCAAGCGCCCGUUUCCACCCGGAGACCGAGUCACAUUCAAUGGGAGAGACUGCCUCUGUCAACUCUGUGCCCAGCCGAUGUCCGCCAGCCCUAAAGAAGCCUCCUGCUCCAGCAAUUGUGCCGGUUGCGGAAGAGAUAUCAAGAACGGGCAAGCAUUGCUGGCUCUGGAAAAGCAGUGGCACUUGGGAUGCUUUAAGUGCAAGUCCUGUGGGAAGGUCCUCACUGGGGAGUACAUCAGCAAGGACGGUGCCCCGUAUUGCGAAAAGGACUACCAGGCGCUUUUUGGGGUGAAAUGUGAAGCCUGUCACCAGUUUAUCACCGGGAAAGUCCUGGAGGCAGGUGACAAACAUUACCACCCCAGCUGUGCACGAUGCAGCAGAUGCAACCAGAUGUUCACAGAAGGAGAGGAAAUGUAUCUUCAAGGUUCUACCGUUUGGCAUCCCGACUGUAAGCAGUCUACCAAGACGGAGGAGAAGCUGCGGCCUACCAGGACUUCAUCCGAAAGCAUUUAUUCUAGAACAGGCUCCAGCAUCCCUGGCUCCCCAGGCCACACUAUCUAUGCAAAAGUGGACAAUGAAAUCCUGGAGUACAAGGAUUUAGCAGCCAUUCCCAAGGUCAAGGCAAUUUAUGAUAUUGAACGUCCAGAUCUUAUUACCUAUGAGCCUUUCUACACUUCAGGCUAUGACGACAAACAAGAGAGACAGAGCCUGGGAGAGUCUCCAAGGACUUUGUCUCCUACCCCAUCAGCAGAAGGGUACCAGGAUGUUCGGGACCGGAUGAUCCACCGGUCCACUAGCCAGGGCUCCAUCAACUCCCCCGUGUACAGCCGCCACAGCUACACCCCGACCACAUCUCGUUCUCCCCAGCAUUUUCACAGACCUGAUCAAGGGAUCAACAUUUACCGAAAACCACCCAUCUACAAACAGCAUGAUGCAGCUGCCUUGGCAGCCCAGAGCAAAUCUUCAGAAGACAUCAUCAAGUUUUCCAAGUUCCCAGCAGCCCAGGCUCCAGACCCCAGCGAGAUACCAAAGAUUGAGACGGACCACUGGCCUGGUCCCCCGUCACUUGCCGCCGUAGGAGCUGACACGAGACGCAGAUCUAGUGGCAGAGAGGAAGAUGACGAGGAACUUCUGAGACGCCGGCAGCUUCAAGAAGAGCAAUUAAUGAAGCUCAACUCAGGCCUAGGGCAGCUGAUAUUGAAAGAAGAGAUGGAGAGGGAGAGGGAGAGGGAGAGCCGGGAGAGAUCCUCCCUGUCAGCCAGUCGCUAUGAUUCUCCCAUCAACUCAGCUUCACAUGCUCUAUCAUCUAAAACCUCAUCUCUCCCAGGCUAUGGAAGAAAUGGGCUUCACCGGCCUGUUUCUACAGACUUUGCUCAGUACAACAGCUACGGGGACGUCAGUGGAGGAAUGCGAGACUACCAGACCCUCCCAGAUGGCCACAUGCCAGGAAUGAGAAUGGACCGAGGCGUGUCCAUGCCCAACAUGUUGGAACCAAAGAUAUUUCCAUAUGAAAUGCUCAUGGUGACCAACAGAGGGCGCAACAAAAUCCUAAGAGACGUGGACAGAACCAGGCUGGAGCGCCACUUAGCCCCGGAGGUGUUUCGGGAAAUCUUUGGAAUGUCCAUACAGGAGUUCGACAAGUUACCUCUCUGGAGACGCAACGACAUGAAGAAAAAAGCGAAACUCUUCUAAGUCCCCCACACAGACAGCAAUUAGCAAAAGGACUGACGAUGGCAGUGACACAUAGGAUGUUGUAUGAAGGCCCACACUUGAUUGGACAUUUUGCAAACCACUGUCCCUCAGCAACACCAAAAAGGGGGACAUCUGAUUAAAACACCCACGAGCCAAAUAUCGGGCUGACCGAUGGCAACACUUGCCAGGAAGCAAUGGGGUAGACAUUUCCAUGAUCCCACACUCGACAGUAGUGUUCACCUGGGUCACCUCAUGCGCACGACAGGAGCUACUUCUGUUUCCUUUUCACUGUUGUCCAACAGGAGUGCCGCCCGUACAGAUGAGAGCCAGCAAGUGCCCUUAGGAUGCCACAUGGAGCAAAGCAGCCGCCGUAAUUCCACAGCGUGGAUGUAUUUAUUAUGUAGCACCGUGGCUGAGAAGGACGAGCCCGAGGGACGUAUCUGUGUGGUAGCAGCCACGUCGCACACACCUUUCCUCACUGGCCUCGUACAGCUCUGCCUGGGCUCGAACAGAAAUCAGAGUCGGGGGACCCAGGGGCCCUGUGUGAGUGGGCUGAAUAGCAGCCAGUCAUUUUUUCAACAAGCUCCUUGUUCUCUACUGUUUGCUAGGACCUGGUUCACAAAUCACUUCGCUGUUAUUAACCAAAAAGAAAAAAAAAAAAAAAACAAAUAAGAGAGAGGAAAGGAAGGAAAGGAAAACCUCCCUUAACUUUUUCUGCUUCCGAUACUGUGCUGCAUUCUCCGUCCCCACCAAGGGACGGGAGCUGUCUGGGGUCCUCCGUAUACAAAGAAAGGAAAGGGAAAAAUUGUCUCCGGAUUGGCCCAGUUGCAUGCCGUUAGGUGAUUUUUGCCCAGGGACCAUAGUGCUCUUGGCAAAAUAAAAAAAAAAAAAUCCCGUGUCCUCUCAAUGCAAGUUCUUCAACCCCACAGCCUCUGCUCUGUAUCUGGCAUCCUCUAAAUCAGAUCAUGUCCUCGCUGGUUUUGGUCUUUUAAAGUCUUUUCAGUAGUAGCCUAAGAAAAGGCAUGGUUUUCUAUUUUAAAUCUCUGCAACGCCAAGGUAGAUCGCCUCAAACUGAUUUAAUUUGGCCUUCUCGGCUUCUUGCCUCGGCAGCACUGCUGACUUCACGGUAUGUGUGCGUGCGUUGGCCCUGAUGGGUUUUGCAGACCGCUCCGAUGGGGUGGGCCUAAGGAAACCAGCUCUUCCUCCGUCUGGAGCCAGACUGCAGCUGGCCACUGUGCCCCUUCGUCUGUCAGUUGCCUCUUGCUUCAUGCGAUGUUUCUGCUGUCCUGUCUUCUCUCCGACAGUCUGCGUGUCUUAGUCCUUGCCUUGCUCUGGCAAAGUAUGAGGGGUGGGGACCCCAGUGUGCUCCCAGUGUUUCCCUGCCACAGUCGAUAACAAGAAUGUCCAAGUGGGUCCCAGCACUAGGCUGGCAGAGAGGGUUUUUUUCAUUAUGGAGAUAGUAAAAUGCUCCCAGUGUUUUCAUUGGUUGAUGAGUUAUGCCCCCGAGCACAUGCAGACCCAAUGGCAGUAUAAGAAAAACUGUAGUGAUAGUUAAAGAACUGAACCCAAAAUCUGCUCCUACUAAUGAAACUCUACUUCUGUGGUGUCUUUUGCAUUCGUUUCUGCAUCCAACUUAGAGGGGAGAAAAGCUUCUUUCCAUAUCAAGUGUAUGAGCAGAUUUAAAUGCAUUGCCAGAAAAUGCCAGCAGCGUCCUGUCUGCAAACAGAGCAGUAUUGUGCUGGGGAGGGGGGAAGGGGUUGGAAACCACAGUGCAGAGGGGGCUCCCCAACUCCACUCCCCAGCAGAAGGCUGCAGCUGGAGGGAUGGGCCAUGGAGCAACCCGCUUCUCCUGACUGCAGAAUCCAGUACAUGGGCUACUGUGUUUUGUUAAACUGGACUCAGCAUGCUUGUCCUCAAAAUGUCCAGGCCACGGCACCAGGGGAUCAGUGUUCUCUGCUCGAACCCCGCCCUGCCCUACGCAUAGAAAUUCUCAUUAACGCAGUCAGAUACACGGGGAUUGUUGACUCUAGGAGAGGCACGGCAGGCGUCGCUGGUGCGUGCGUGAAAGGGCUACGAUUUCGAGCAUCAGGCUUCCUUACGCUUCUUUCAGCACAGUAUGUGGAGUAGAAGAGGCCUCUACAUCAGUAUGAAAGUCACUGCAUCCUUUAAAGUUUCUUCCAGAAAAGCCAGGAUACCCCUUAGUCUUGCUGUGUGUUUUAUGGUGAGGUAUGAAGAGCGUGAGGAAGCUUGUCUAGCUAGCUAUGCAUCUGCAUCGUGGUUUGGGUUAGUUAUAAAGUGUUUGUAACGUGACUUCUUCAGUAAGUAAAGAUAAACUGCUGUUCUCUGAAACUUUGGACAGAAAAGCUAGAAUUAAGGGGUUAAUAAGGUGCAAAAAAAAAAAAAAGUAGUUUUUAUCUGUCAUGACCUCUGACCUCUCCCCCUUCUCCCAAUUCUGUUGCUCCCAAGCCAAGUUUCCUCUUCUGGGGGGGAGACUGGAGAAACUCUCGUCCUCUCGAGUUGGUUAUGUCAGUCAACUCUGCUUGGAGAAGUCUUCGCUGGAAAUGUUUAUGAAACGUUCACCCAAUUUCUUUACCCUCGAGAGCAAACCUUUUUCCAAAGAAUUGCUUCUCAGGUGAUUAUAUGAAAUAUAUACGCUUUUGCAAGUUUAAAAAAGGCAGAUUAACCACUCUUGACUAAGCAGGUCUUCUACAAACUCUUAAGCAAACUCGGUGUCAGCGUUCUCUGCACGCUGAGGGGCAGGCGACUGCAGGCCAUGGGCUCACAGAGCCUUCUCUCUCAGUCAGGAAAGUUGGCAGGAGGAAAUGAACUCCGCCUCACCGGCCCGUCUGUGUCCUCUGAAGCAAGCUCAGUCUUUACAAAUCACCUCUUCUGUAUUUCUGUUUAACCAAUACUUCCUGAGCCGAUCUUGAUUUUAAAUAUCAUUUUCCUUUGACACAGCAAGUGUUUCUCAGUGUGCCCUAAAACACUCAGUAUUCUUGAAGACCGUUCUAUGGAGAAAAACAGAUGAUUUUGGACUCGAGAUCGGCAAUGACCCCAACUGAUAGAGAUGUACAUUAAGAAACCUGCCCAACUAUGUUUUAAUGAAAAGCAAGAGAAACUUUUACUUUGGCAUUUAAAAAAAAAAAUCACUGUCUUUCCAUUUGCUUCCCAGGAAACCGUGGGGAGAUGGUGACUGAUAGGCUUUGCACAUGGAUUUUUGUUUUUAAUGGCAAACUCAAAAUCAAAGGGGGAGGAGGUCAGUUUAAGCUGAAUGAAACUUUGUAAACGAUAUAUGUGUACACAGCAUAAUUAAACAAAUCCAACAUUUU